GAGCUCGAGGCUGCGCGACAACGUUUCUUCUCGAUUGGGAAUGGCAGCGACCUCAGCAAGUACGUGUCAGUGAUACUGAAAAGUCGGGAUAAAGAUGUUCAUGCCGAUGACGUCAAACACCUCAUCCAUCAAGCCCGUGUACGUCGCCGAGUCGUCGUUCUGCUAAUAGAACAUGCCGUCCGCAGAAACCAUCCUGCUUACAAGCACGUAGACCUCGACGCAAUGAUGAGGCGCGCAAACAGCGUACUGCCGGAAGACGACGUGCCACCAGAAGUUGUUGCCUUGCUCGAGAGCGACGAAGCCACGGAACUCAUCUACAAGCAAAAAAACGCUGCUCCUAUAGCCGAGCCGGACACAGUAGAGGAAGCCAUCACGGAAAUGGGCUUGCAACGACCGAACGGAGUGGUUUUAGAAAAAAACGGAAGCGACGUCCUGGAUGGCGAAGCACAGCAGCAUGCGGCUUUACGAGCACUAGCGGACGAGUCCAAGCUAGACACGCUAGCAGAAGAAGACUACUGUGAUGUAGAAAGCGAGCGAGAGGAUGGGCCCUUGCCAGAAAAACAAGUUCUGUCUUCCACAUCACCUAUGGACCAGUUCGCGCCGUGGUACUUCGGCGUGGCUUUCGCGUUCCUGUUUAAGUACUGCACAGCUAUGCCCGACCCACCUGACUACGGCCAAUACAAAGACCAGCGCUGGCGAAGAACAGCGGCCGCGCCGCGAGUAACCUUGAAAGACUGGACCCGAUUGAUGGCACAACGGAUCGAAAGCCAACUCAACAGGGGCAACCUACAGUCAGUGCGGUACGUGCCGAAUCUGUCGGCAACUGCGCAGCGAAUCCUGGCGAACCUGAGUCACACUGCGCGACAAGUUCCCGGAACCCAAGAAGCACGGCGGAGCAUGCGCUUUGAAAUCCAAGCCAUGCGCGUCCGCUACGGAACGCCAAUCUUUGUAACCGUCACACCCGACGAGGCCCACUCACUUCUGUACGUGCGGAUGUCAAGGCACCGGCGCAGCGAUCCAAUUCGAUGCCCUGCGCAGCACGUGAACGGGCAAGCAGGAGAUAGGCGAUGGCCGAACCUGGACGCGGACUUGAGCUGGAACUGCCCGAUAGAACUUUUUCGCGAGCGACGAGCCACGUGGGAAGAGAGGCGCCGCAUUUUGGCGCGCGAUCCAUUAGCGACCGUACACGGCUUCCGUGCCACGAUGCUCUUAAUCCUGAAGCACCUCUUCGGCAUGAAUGUGUGCCUCCAAUGCCCUUUCUGCAACUGCGGCAGCCAGCCGUGCCAAGACAGGCAAGGUAGCAAUGCGACAUGCGAAGGCGGCGUGUUUGGGCGAUGCGACGCCGCAUACAUUGCCAUCGAAUUCCAGAAGUCUAGCGGAUCGCCGCACGGGCAUAU